AAAACAACAGAUGUUUACAUGCCACAGUAUCCCAUCUAAAAAUCAACAUAUCCCAGGCAUCUUGUCCUGGUUUCACAUAACCGGGAUACAAGUUUUUUCGGGUUAUUGUAAACGGGAUAUGAUGUUUAUAUGCAUCAACUCAAAAACAGAAUACUUAAGUAUCCCGAAUAAUAACGGGAUAUUGGUGGGCAUGUAAACGUGGUCACUGACGGGUCAAGGGAGUAGUCCUGGUUUAAUCGGACUAUAAGACUUUAAACCUCGUAUGUAAGAUACUUAGACCUAUCCAUAGCUACUCGAUCUGUAUAACUGCUUGUGCUAUAACAACAUUUAAAGCAACCCAGUUCAAGAAGACGAGACAGACUCGAUAAACUCAUGAUUUACCAGGCUAAAAUGUAAUUGUCUUGUCUGGGGUGGUCAAAUUAUUUUGGCAACAGCUGAUAAGAUGUGGAAAGAAUUGAAGAAAAACCAGCUCGUCAAGUACGGCGCUGUGACCACAGUGUCAACCAUCAGCUAUGUUUUACUGAGAAAGUGGAUCGCCGGUGGGAUAUGCCACAGCCGUGCCAAACUGCAUGGAAGGACUGUGGUGAUCACUGGUGCCAACACUGGUAUCGGCAAGGAGACGGCCUGGGAUAUGGCCAAGAGAGGGAAUGUGAUGAGGGUGUUCUCAGAUGGACGGUACUGCGUGUUCUCAGGAGCCCGGGUGAUUAUGGCUUGCCGAGACCUCACCAGGGGAGAGGCCGCUGCAACAGAGAUCCGCAGUUCUACUGGAAAUACUAACGUGGUGGUGCAACAACUAAACCUGGCCUCCCUCGGGUCAGUACGACAGUUUGCCAGGGAAUUCAUUGCCACGGAGACCCGUCUGGACAUACUUAUCAACAACGCAGGUAUAAUGCUAUGUCCCAAAAGCUUCACAGUGGAUGGGUUUGAGAGUCAAUUUGCUGUCAAUCACCUAGGUCACUUCCUAUUGACCAAUCUUCUCCUGGACAUGCUGAAAGCCUCCACCCCGAGCCGCGUCGUCACUGUGUCUAGCAUCGCUCAUCAAGGCGGGAAAAUCCACUAUGAUGACCUUAACUUUGAUAUGAAGGGGUACAACUCAGUAAUUGCCUACAAGCAGAGUAAACUGGCCAACCUCCUCUUCUCUAGGGAGCUGGCACGAAGGACCAAAGGUACUGGAGUGACGUCGUAUUCCCUGCACCCCGGGGUUAUCCGGACAGAGCUGUGGCGUCACUCGCAGUCAAAGUACCCCAUGCUGAGUUCCAUGCUGUCAGCCCCCGCCUGGCUCCUGAUGAAGACCCCCAGGGAGGGGGCCCAGACCACCAUCUACUGCGCCGUCACUGAGGGGCUGGAGGAGAAGAGCGGCUACUACUUCAGUGACUGUCAGGUAAAGGAGCCAGCUCUUGAGGGGAGAGAUGAUCUUGCAGCACUGAGACUAUGGGGCGUUAGCGCCGGGCUAGUGGGACUCAAUUAAAACAACUGAACAACUCGCCUUGCAACACGGUGCCACUCCCAACCCCACCUGCCAGAACCCUCACGGAUACUGGCAUUUUUUUAAAUGUUGGCUCUUAACUUUCAUAUCAGAAGAUAUCCUGUAUUCUAUAUAUAUCCUGUAUUCUAUACAUUUUCUAUAUUUUUUGAUGUUGUCUUAUAAUACAGUAUAUUUUGAUAAAACAUUUUGUUCUGUA